UCGCUCCUUUUUUUUGUCAAUAUCACAGCUCGCACAAUAUGUUGUUUUUUACUAUUUUACCAUUUGAAGAAUUCAGUCGCCGGAACAAUAUUGAUAAUCCAUAUACGGGGGUCUUGAUCAGCUGUUGAGGUAUGAAGUUCUGGAAGAGCCUGAGCAUAUUGAUAGAGGAUACCUUACCGGAAUGGAGAGACAAGUUUUUAUCCUACAAAGAUUUGAAGAAACAACUCAAGCUAAUUUACCCCAAGGACGGCGAUAAGCCGCCGAAUAAGCGGCCGAGAUUGGAGGCGGUGAUGGUGGCAUCGACUGAUAGGAAAGACGGUGAGUAUCGCAGGGAGGAGAGUGGCGGUGAGGUGAUGAAGGAGGUGAUUGAUUUCGUUAGGCUGCUGGAGGACGAGAUGGAGAAAUUUAAUUCCUUUAUUGUUGAAAAAGAAGAGGAUUUUGUUAUCCAAUGGAAGGAGCUGCAAGACAGAGUUAAAAAGGCCAAAGAUUCAAAUGAAAAACUGAUGGAAGUGGGAAGGGAGAUUGUGAAUUUCCAUGGCGAGAUGGUUUUGUUGGAGAAUUACAGUGCUCUCAAUUACACAGGACUUGUGAAGAUAUUGAAGAAAUAUGACAAGCGAAGUGGUGCUCUGGUUCGUUUGCCCUUCAUCCAAAAGGUUAUGCAGCAGCCAUUUUUCACAACUCAUGUGCUUAACAAGCUUGUGAAGGAGUGUGAGACCAUGCUUGACCGGCUCUUCUCAAGAAAUGAACUGUCAAUAUCACCUGAUGAAACUGAAGAAGUGGAAGGUUGUGACUCCAAAACUUCAGCUGAAAGUAGGGGGCAGUCGAUUGAAGUUCCCAAAGAGCUUGCUGAGAUUGAGAACAUGGAGAACAUGUACCUGAAGCUAACUCUAUCAGCGUUGCGUGUCCUUAAGGAGGUUCGGAGUGGAAGCUCAACUGUGAACAUGUUUUCAUUGCCCCCUUUGCAAAGCAGAGCCUUAGAGGAGGACUGGAAGAAAGUUCCUAUCUUAGAACAAGCUGCCAAGUAGAGUUUUAUUUUCAGAAUCUUACCCCCUUUCUUUGUAUAAAUUUUUUAAAUAUUGGAAGGGUACUCUGUUUUUUUUUUUUGGAUCGUCCAUGUGGUUUUAUUUUGUUUUAUUUUAUUUUAUUUCUUUUUGUGUUUUUUUGGGUUGGGGGGGGGGGUGUUGAUAUGGUAAACUUGAUGUAUUCUUGUUGUCCUAUACUUAACAAGUGUUUGAUGUAUCCCAUGGAUUUCUAUCAUUCAAAUUAGCCCGUUAACUA